AUGGCCACUGAUCCCACCGACCCUCCGGCCCUCCACUUCCUCGACACACUCCUCCCCUGUACCUUUCUUCUCUCUACAUUCGGCUCGCUCAUCACCUUCACCACCGCCGUCGGCAUCUUCGGUGGGCCGCGGCGGUACUUUGGCGAAAUCCAGGUCUUUAUCGCUCUUGCAUGGUUGUUUUUCAUGUUAUCUCUGGCAAUGGCAACAGUCACCAGCAUGGCUUUGGCCUUCCACAGACGACAUGUGAGAGAUGCCUUUGAAAGGGGGUAUAAGUCCUGGAGGGGCGGGGCGGGGAAUCGCACGGCUGGCGAGAGGUCUGUAGUCUUUGGGAUUGUUGUUCUGGGCCUGGGAGGAAUGUGGCUUAUGUUGUUGGAGUGUCUGGCCUUUGUGUUUUUGAGUCUGUCGGUGGCUGCGUACUGCCUUGCAGUGGGCUGGAUUGGGUUUGUCGUGUCUGCGGCAAUGAUGAUUCUUACCGUGGUAUUUUGGGUUCUGAUGGGACAGAGAGAUUGA